ACUGGUGGCAAAGAAACAACAAGUAACCAGUUUUUUUAUAAAGUUUUUGUUUUGGUUAAACUCAAACUUAAAGUAGAGAAAUGAAACUGGAGUCUGGUGCUGAGUCACAGCUGACCGGCUCCAGCAGCAGACAGCGGUGAUUACAGCAGCUUUAUACCGUCAGAGAGCUGCUGUCAGCGGUGUCACAGCUGAACUGUGACCCCGGACCUCGGGACUCUGCCGCAGCUUUAUAACCGUCAGAGAGCUGCUGUCAGCGGUGUCACAGCUGAACUGUGACCCCGGACCUCGGGACUCUGCCGCAGCUUUAUAACCGUCAGAGAGCUGCUGUCAGCGGUAUCACAGCUGAACUCUGGACUCUGCAGCAGCGACACUUGUGCAGGUUUCUUCGUGUUUCUGCUGCUGAGCUGAGUGUGUGUCUGUGCUCAGAGAUGAAGAAGAGACUCCUGCUGGUGUCCAACUCCACCCUGCACGGCAGCGGGUACCUGGACCACUGUCAGCAGCACAUCUCACACUUCUUCGGAAAAGAUGUGAAGCGAGUUCUGUUUGUUCCUUACGCUCUGCACGACAGAGACGCCUACACUAAGGCUGCCAGGGACAAGUUUAAGACUCUGGGUUACGAGGUGGAUGGCAUCCACGAGGCCUCGGACCCCGUCGACGCCGUGCGCAAGGCUGAGGGCAUUUUCAUAGGAGGAGGAAACACCUUCCGGCUGCUGAAGAGUCUCUAUGACAACAAGGUGGUGACGGAGAUCAGGAGGAGAGUGAUCGAGGACGGCGUCCCCUACAUGGGCUCCAGCGCUGGCACCAACGUGGCCACCGUCAGCAUCAACACCACCAACGACAUGCCCAUCGUCUACCCUCCCUCCUUCUCCGCCAUCGGCCUCGUCCCCUUCAACAUCAACCCGCACUACCUGGACCCCGACCCCACCAGCCGCCACAUGGGGGAGAGCAGAGAGCAGAGGAUCACUCAGUACCACGAAGAGGCUGAGACUCCACGCGUGCUGGCUCUGAGGGAGGGGUCCCUGCUGCUGGUGGAGGCAGACAAAGCCACACUGCUGGGGACCACCGGAGCCAGACUCUUCACCAGGGGGAAGACGGCGGUGGAGUACGAGCCGGGUAGUGACCUCAGCUUCCUGCUGACUCAUUGACCAAUCAGAGGGAACCAGGAAGUGAAGGUGGACCCCAUCAUCAGAUCAUUUAAAACUGAAUAAAUGUUUUAAAGAAAGAUC